AUGCAACUCUCUAGUUUCCUCGGAGCCACGCUGCUCGCGGCAAGCUCUUUCGUGGCGAGGGGUGCCGCGCAUGCCAGCAGCCAGCCGCCGAUGUAUUUUGGAAUGCUCCUUUUCCCUAGCUUUCAGGCCCUCGAUGUCUUUGGCCCCCUCGACGCCCUAAACCUUUUAGCAGCAACUCGCACUCUGAAUCUGUCGCUGAUCGCCGCGAGUCUGGACCCUGUGUCCACCAAGUCGCGCUCCAAGCUUAUGAACAAGUUUAAUUCCACCUUUGGCGAAUCAGUUGUCCCGACGCAUACCUUCUCGACUGCCCCGGAGAACUUGGAGGUGCUGUUCGUACCUGGCGGAAUCGGAACUCUCGCCCCCGAUAUCGUCCCUGCAAUUCAAUUUAUCAAGGAAACAUACCCAAAGCUGAGGUAUAUCAUAAGUGUUUGUACUGGAGCACAGCUCCUUGCUAGGGCUGGCGUUCUGGAUAACCGCUCAGCGACAACAAAUAAGCAGUCUUGGAACAACGUUGUCAAAACUGGACCCAAAGUGAAGUGGGUCCAGGAGGCGCGGUGGGUGGUGGACGGCAACGUCUGGACAUCGUCUGGAGUGUCUGCGGGAAUCGAUGUGACCUUAGCAUUCAUUGAUUCGGUAUACGGGACCAUUAUCGGGAAGCAGGUUGCAGACUGGAUGGAGUAUGAGAGGACGACGGAUUGGCAAAACGACCCGUUU